AUGACACACAAACCAGUCUGUUUUUUUGAUGUUGACGAUACUUUAUAUAACAAAGAUCUCAAUGUCUUGUCGUUAAUGAGGAAGAAAAUUCAAGACUAUUUUGUAAACGAAUUGGGCAUCCCUGCUGAUGAAGUUGCACCAUUACAGAGGAAAUAUCAAGCUACAUAUGGAUUAUCUCUAAGAGGUGUCCAGAUAGAUUAUAAUGUUGACCCGCUUGACUACGAUAGAAAAGUAGACCAAGCAUUGCCGUUGGACGGUCUAAUCAAAAGGGACGACAAACUGAUCAAAAUGUUGAAGGGCAUGAAUUGUAAAAAAUGGGUUUUUACCAAUGCUUUCAAACCUCAUGCAGUUAGAUGCUUGAAGCUACUAGGAGUUGAAAAUGAAUUUGAUGGCUUAACAUAUACAAACUACUUGGUGCCCAAUUUUAAUUGCAAGCCAGAACCUGCUGCUUUUCACAGAGCUAUGAAAAAUGCUGGCGUGACGGAUCCCAAGCUUUGUUAUCUUGUAGACGAUUCAAUCAAAAAUAUAGAAGCUGCACAAAAAAUGGGCUGGACUACCGUACACGUUGCUGGCGAUGCUUCAACGUCCACACAUGGUGACUAUCAGAUAGAUGAAAUUCAUGAUUUACCAAAUGUUUUGCCUGAAUUAUGGGAGCCUCAUUCAGAGAAAAUGAAGCUUAGAAGGCAGUCCAUUGGUGUUACAACUGCUGCAUAA